UGUCAAAUAAAAUAGCGAUCAUGCGGUGUUCGUGAUGUUUUGAAAUGCCGAUUUAUUUUUACGUUGUGUAACAUCAAUAUUUUGCUGUUUGGUGGUAGCUCGAAAUGAUCGAUAGUUUAAAAAAGUACUAGGGAAACAAUCUUUGAAACUGGUGUUAAAUCCUUUUGUAGAUUAAGAAAACUACCGUCUACCCGUUCGAACAGUUAAAAAUGGCAAAAUACAUCGCUCAAAUAAUCGUUCUGGGCACUCAAAUAGUUGGGCGAGCCUUGGCUCGGGCUUUGAAACAGGAAAUUGCAGCUUCCCAGGAAGCAGCCAAACGAGCCGGUGGCGGGCAGCAGGGUCAGAAUCGGGUGGCGGCUAAUUUGAGAACUGGCAUGACCUUAGAGGAAGCUCAGCAAAUCCUUAAUGUGUCUAAGCUAGAUCCCGAGGAAAUACAGAAGAAUUAUGAACAUUUGUUUAGUGUCAAUGAAAAGGCAAAGGGAGGUUCGUUCUAUAUACAAUCCAAAGUAUUUCGCGCAAAGGAACGGAUAGACCAAGAAUUCCAAGCCAAUAAACCACCGGAACAAGGUAAUGCUGAGCAAAGUUCUGCUGAUUCUAGUGAUCCAGGGCGUAAAUAAAAACCAUGUUAAUUUCCUUAAAUAAUUUAGAGUUUAUCGGAUAAAACGCUUAUGAAAUGGAUAA